GGAGGCGGGGCUGGCGCCUCGCGUUUCCCACAGAAUUGUACCUCUUCGCUUGCCGUAGAGUGGGAACCGGAAGCGCCUCUGAGGUCUGCUGUAGGUUUCCGGGCGAGGGCUGCACUCGCCGAUGCCAUGUGGUAGCCUCUGUGAGGCGUUCUUGGUUUCCAAGUCCUGUCAAAAUUCAGGGCUUCGGGUGAGGAGCUGCUUGGUGUCGUGCAGGGCGCUCUGCCGCGGGAGGGUAACGGGUCCGUGGGGUCCGGGGUUGAGGAAAACCUUGGCGCGGCCAGGGGGCUAGAGCCCGCGGUUGACCUGUUGUCGGGGUGUUUGCAAGUCGGGUUCGGCGACCCCGGGGACAGCGGAUUCGUGCGUGCUGGAGAGCGCUGCCUGCAGAGGAAAACUGCCUGGACCGAGGCAUUUGCAGCUUACAGAUGAGCCACCUGCAGUUUGCAUGCACCUCUCCCAAUGGUUCUUUUUCUUAGUGUUUUUAGAAAUCGCUGGUGUGCAAGAUGACGUCCUUAGCCCAGCAGCUCCAACGACUCGCCCUCCCUCAAAGUGAUCCCAGUCUCUUAUCUAGAGAUGAAGUUGCCUCUUUGUUGUUUGACCCCAAGGAAGCGGCCACCAUCGACAGGGACACUGCUUUUGCCAUCGGAUGCACUGGCCUGGAAGAGCUGCUUGGAAUUGAUCCUGCCUUUGAGCAGUUUGAAGCGCCAUUGUUCAGCCAGCUGGCAAAAACCUUGGAGCGCAGCGUUCAGACCAAAGCUGUGAACAAACAGCUGGAUGAAAAUAUUUCGUUAUUUCUUAUUCACUUGUCCCCUUACUUCCUGCUUAAGCCAGCACAGAAGUGUCUGGAGUGGUUGAUUCACAGGUUCCACAUCCAUCUUUAUAAUCAAGACAGCCUCAUUGGUUGUGUUCUGCCAUACCAUGAGACAAGAAUAUUUGUGAGGGUAAUACAACUUCUAAAAAUUCAUAAUCCAAAGCACAAGUGGUUCUGGUUGUUCCCAAUUAAGCAAUCAGGGGUGCCCUUAGCUAAGGGCACCUUGAUUACCCACUGCUAUAAAGAUCUGGGAUUCAUGGAUUUCAUUUGUAGCCUGGUGACCAAGUCUGUGAAGGUGUUUGCUGAGUACCCAGGAAGCUCGGCUCAGUUGCGGGUGCUCUUGGCUUUCUAUGCUUCCACCAUUGUGUCUGCUCUAGUGGCUGCUGAGGACAUAUCAGACAAUGUCAUUGCUAAACUAUUUCCAUAUAUCCAAAAGGGUUUAAAAUCAUCUUUACCAGAUUACAGAGCUGCAACAUACAUGAUAAUAUGUCAGAUCUCUGUGAAAGUGACAAUGGAGGAUACCUUCGUUAAUUCACUGGCAUCACAGAUCAUCAGAACGUUGACUAAGGUUCCCUCCUUGGUCAAGGAUGGAUUAGGUUGCUUGAUUAUUCUCCUGCAGAGACAGAAGCCAGAGAGCCUUGGGAAAAAGCCUUUUCCUCACUUGUGUAAUGUUCCCAAUCUUACUACAAUACUUCACGGUUUAUCUGAAACACAUGACAUCAGUCCUCUUCUGCGUUAUAUGCUUCCCCAUCUGGUUGUAGCCAUCGUUCAUCACAUUGCAGGAGAAAAAACUGAAGAGGAGGAUGGUCAAAUCUACAAAAGACUCUUGGAAUCUAUACUUACAAAAAUAUCACUGAAGAACAAUGUAGACCACUUGUUAGCUAGCCUUCUUUUUGAAGAGUAUAUAUCAUAUUGUUCACAGGAGGAAAUUGAUCCUAAUAAAGUGUCUUUGCUUAAUGAACAGUUUCUUCCACUCAUAAGACUGUUGGAAAGCAAGUACCCCAACACAUUAGAUGUUGUAUUAGAGGAUCACCUAAAAGAAAUUACAGGUCUUAGGAAACAGGAACUUUUUCACCAAUUUAUUUCUCUUUCUACUAGUGGAGGAAAGUAUCAGAUUUUAGAAGAUUCUGAUACUUCCUUGAUGCUCAGUCUGAAUCAUCCACUUGCUCCUGUGCGACUUCUGGCUGUUAAUCAUCUGAAAAAUGUCAUGAGAACAUCAAAGGACGGCAUCGAUGAGUCUUUCAUAAAAGAAGCUAUUCUAACACGAUUAGGUGAUGAUAACAUAGAUGUUGUUUUGUCGGCUCUGAAUGCUUUUGAGAUUUUCCAGCAACACUUUAGUGCGGAAGUGACUGUUUCAAAUCUUCUGAAUCUCUUUCAAAGAGCAGAACUUUCAAAGAAUAGCAAGUGGUACAGGGCCCUGGAGAUAGCAGCAGAUGUACUAAUCAGAGAAGAGAUACUAAAUGGAAAUGAUCAGUUGUCAAAUCAGGUGGUUGUGCAUUUGCUGCCUUUCAUGGUUGUCACUGAUGAUGACGUGGGAUCUGCUGAGAUGAGAAUUGCUGUGUAUUUAUCAAAAUCAGGAAUUUGUUCUCUGCAUCCUCUAUUAAGAGGCUGGAAAGAAGCUCUUGAAAAUGUAAUUAAAAGCACAAAGUCGGGAAAACUGAUUGGUAUAGCAAAUCAGAAGAUGAUUCAGGUGUUGGCUGGCAAUAUAAAUUCAGGAGACCCUUCUUCAAUGUUGAAAAUGGUAGAAGAUUUAAUAAAUGCUGGUGAAAAGGAGACCUGUAGCCUGAAGCAGAAAGUGACAUUUCAUGUGAUUGUGUCUGUACUUGUCUCUUGCUGUUCAUCUGUAAAAGAAACUCACUUUCCAUUUGCAAUAAGAGUCUUCGGUUUGUUGCAGAAAAAAAUAAAGAAGCUGGAAAGUGUCAUUACUGCAGUGGAAAUCCCCUCAGAAUGGCACCCAGAACUGAUGUUAGACAGAGGUUUACCAGAGGAGCUGUGGGUACAUUACAUAGAACAGCUCCACAGUGCCCGGAGGGUUGCAGUGGAGGACUCAGUUUUACUUAUAUUUUCCCUGAAGAAUUUUAUUUAUGCACUGAAGGCUCCUAAGUCUUUUCCUAAAGAUGAUACAUGGUGGAAUCCUGAGUGCCUGGAAGAAGAUGGCAGACAUUACCUGCACUUGCUCACUGGGCUCUUCGAGGUGAUCCUUGGGGGUGCCGAUGCCGUUCAUUUCAGGGUUCUGAUGAAACUUCUCAUGAAGGUACAUCUAGAAGAUAUUUUUCAGUUAUUCAAGUUUUUUUCUGUUUUAUGGACUUAUGGUUCUAACCUUUCAAAUCCACUUAACUAUCGUGUGAAGUCAGUCCUGCAGACUCAGGCUCUUUAUGUAGGCUGUGCACUGCUCUCCUCUCAGAAGAUCCAGUGUAAACAGCAGCUGGCAUCCAUGUCGUCCCCAGUGGUGACAUCUCUUCUCAUUAAUUUGGGAAACCCCGUUAAAGAAGUCCGUCGGGCUGCCAUUCAUUGUCUCCAAACCCUCAGUGGAGUGGCAUCACAGUUUCAUUUGGUAAUAGACCAUUUGGUUCCUAAAGCAGAGGAGAUCACUUCAGAUGCCACCUAUGUUAUUCAGGAUUUGGCUACUUUAUUUGAGGAACUACAGGGAGAAAAGAAACAGAAAUCUCAUCAGAAGUUGUCUGAAACUUUGAAAAACCUACUUUAUUGUGUAUAUGGUUGCCCAUCUUAUGUUGCAAAAGAUUUGAUGAAAGUGUUUCAGAAAGUCAACAGUGAGAUGGUGCUUUCUCAGCUCUUGCCAAUGGUGGAACAGCUACUGGAGAAGAUUGAGAAGGAGCCCACUGCUGUGCUGAAAGAUGAGACCAUUGUUUUGAAUCUCAUUCUGGAAAAAUACAAUGAACACUCAGCCUCCCUUUUACAUAAAGACCUAAAGAGUCUAGAUAUGUUCUUAAAGGCUGUGCACACAACAAAGGAGCUUGACCCAGGAAUGCCAACUAUUCAGAUCACUGCCCUUGAAAAGAUCACAAAGCCAUUUUUUGCAGCCAUAUCAGAUGAAAAAGUUCAGCAGAAGCUUCUGUGUGUGCUGUUCGAUCUGUUGGUGAACUGUAAAAACUCACAUUGUGCUCAGACUGUUGGCAGUGUUUUUAAAGGGAUUUCCAUUAAUGCUGAACAAGUCAGAAUAGAACUGGAACCACCAGAUAAAACUAAAUCCUUGGGCACAAUUCAGCAAACAAGAAGACAAAAAAUGCAGAAGAAAUCACAAGAUACAGAAUCCAUUCAGGAAGUUGGAGGUUCUUACUGGCAAAGAGUAACCCUCAUUCUGGAAUUAUUGCAGCACAAGAAGAAACUGAAAAGCCCUCAGAUAUUGAUACCAACUCUUUUUAACUUGCUGUCUAGGUGUUUAGAGCCUUUGCCACCAGAGCAGGGGAACAUGGAAUAUACCAAGCAAUUAAUUCUUAGUUGUCUGCUCAACAUCUGCCAGAAACUCUCCCCAGAUGGUGGCAGGAUACCUAAAGAUGUUGUAGAUGAGGAGAAGUUCAAUGUGGAAUUGAUAGUUCAGUGCAUCCGCCUUUCAGAGAUGCCUCAAACUCAUCACCACGCCCUUUUACUUUUGGGUACUGUUGCUGGAAUAUUUCCGGAUAAAGUUCUACACAAUAUUAUGUCUAUUUUUACAUUUAUGGGUGCCAAUGUCAUGCGCCUAGAUGACACGUACAGUUUUCAAGUUAUUAGCAAGACAGUGAAGAUGGUUAUUCCAGCACUGAUUCAGUCUGAUAGUGGAGACUCCAGAGAAGUCACAAGAAACGUUGAAGAAAUUGUGGUAAAGAUCAUCAGUGUGUUUGUGGAUGCACUGCCACAUGUUCCAGAGCACAGGCGCCUGCCCAUCCUUGUUCAGCUUGUUGAUACUCUUGGUGCACAGAAAUUCCUCUGGGUUCUUCUUGUCUUGCUCUUUGAACAGUAUGUCACUAAAACAGUGCUGGUGGCUGCCUGUGGAGAAAAGGAUGCUGUUUUAGAGGCAGAUACUGAAUUUUGGAUCUCAGUCUGCUGUGAGUUUAGUGUCCAGCAUCAGGUGCAAAGCUUGAUGAGCAUCCUCCAGUACUUGGUGAAGCUGCCAGAGGAAAAAGAGGAAACCGUUCCCAAGGCAGUAUCUAACAAGUCACAAGAAGAAGUGCUGCAGGUUUUUAAUGUCGACACCCAUACUAGCAAGCAGCUACGGCAUUUUAAAUUUCUGUCAGUGUCCUUCAUGGCCCAGCUCCUGGCUUCCAAUAAUUUUCUCAAAAAGGUGGUUGAAAGUGGUGGUCCUCAAAUUUUAAAAGGACUUGAACAGAGGUUGCUAGAAACUAUUCUUGGCUAUAUCAACACUGUAGCACAGUCCAUGGAAAAAAAUGCAGAUAAACUAACUGUGAAGUUUUGGCGAGCACUUCUUAGCAAAGCUUAUGACAUGUUAGAUAAGGUCAAUGCCUUGCUGUCCACAGAAACAUUCAUUACUGUGAUUAGGGGGCUGGUAGGCAAUCCACUGCCAUCAGUUCGCCGGAAAGCAUUGGAUCUUUUGAACAACAAGUUACAGCAGAAUACAUCCUGGAAGAGGAAGACCAUUUACCGUUUUCUAAAACUGGUUCCAGUCCUUUUGGCCAUUGUUCAGCAUAAAAAAAAGGAUGGGGAAGAACAAGCCAUAAACAGACAGACAGCUCUGUACACGCUAAAGCUUUUAUGCAAGAAUUUUGGUGCAGGAAAUCCAGAGUCUUUUGUGCCAGUAUUGAACACUGCAGUGAAACUGAUUGCUCCAGAAAGGAAGGAAGACAAGAAUGUCCUGGGAAGUUCCCUUCUCUGCAUAGCAGAGGUGGCCUCCACCCUGGAAGCGCUGGCCAUCCCUCAACUUCCCAGCCUGAUGCCAUCACUGCUGGCAGCAACACAGAGCACCAGCGAGCUGGUUCGCAGCGAGGUCUGUCUGCUCAGUGCCCUGGCCGCCCUGCACAAGGUUGUCGAGACUCUGCCGCACUUCAUCAGCCCCUACUUGGAAGGCAUUCUGUCCCAGGUGAUUCAUUUGGAGAAAAUCACUAGUGAAAUGGGAUCUGCCUCACAGGCUAAUGUCCGUCUCACAUCUCUUAAAAAGACACUGGCCACCAGGCUGUCACCUCGAGUCUUAUUACCUGCCAUCAGCAAAACCUUCAAGCAGAUUGCAAGGAACUGGGAGAAUAACAUGGGCCCGUUCAUGAGCAUCUUGCAAGAGCACAUCGGGGUAAUGAAGAAGGAAGAGCUCACCUCCCAUCAGUCUCAGCUGACUGCCUUCUUCCUGGAGGCCCUGGACUUCCGGGCACAGCACUCAGAGGAUGAUCUCGAGGAAAUUGGGAGAACAGAAAGUUGUAUCAUUGACUGUCUGGUGGCCAUGAUCGUGAAACUCUCUGAGGUCACAUUCAGACCCCUGUUCUUCAAGCUGUUUGAUUGGGCCAGAACAGAAGAUGCCCCAAAGGACAGGCUGUUAACAUUUUACAACCUGGCAGACUGCAUUGCUGGGAAGCUGAAGGGGCUUUUUACUCUGUUUGCCGGCCACUUGGUGAAACCUUUUGCUGACACCUUGAACCAGGUGAACAUCUCCAAAACAGAUGAAGCGUUUUUUGACUCUGAACAUGACCCUGAGAAGUGCUGCUUGCUGUUGCAGUUUAUCCUGAGCUGUCUGUAUAAGAUCUUCCUUUUUGACACCCAGCAUUUCAUUAGUAAAGAGAGAGCAGAAGCCCUGAUGAUGCCUCUGGUGGACCAGUUGGAAAACAGACUUGGAGGAGAGGAGAAGUUCCAGGAACGGGUGACAAAGCACGUGAUUCCCUGCAUUGCACAGUUCUCAGUGGCCAUGGCCGAUGACUCUCUGUGGAAACCCUUGAACUACCAGAUUCUGCUGAAGACAAGAGACUCCUCACCCAAGGUCCGGUUUGCUGCCUUGAUUACUGUGUUAGCCCUAGCUGAAAAGUUGAAGGAGAAUUAUAUCAUUUUGCUACCAGAAUCCAUUCCUUUCUUAGCAGAAUUGAUGGAAGAUGAAUGUGAAGAAGUAGAACACCAGUGCCAAAAGACCAUUCAGCAGUUGGAAGUCACGCUGGGAGAGCCGCUCCAGAGCUACUUCUGAAAUUGCCUUGGUGUUUAAUACUCUGCUGAGAGUUCCUAUUUUUAUUUUGGGUGUUUAGUGCCAUGUUACUUUUGGUGCUUUCACACCUACUGGGACUACCUACGGCCCUUACUGACCACUUUGCAGAGUCCCUGCCUGCCCUGUGCUGCACACAAGCCUCCCCUCCAGCUGUAUAGUGCUAGAGUAAAUGAUUCACGGUAUAAGCUC